GCAGAAGGCGAGUGGAUGUUUACGGCUUUGAUUUUAAACAGUUGUGAUGAUCUCUCACACGUUCAGCUUGAUGAAAACGAGGGAAAAGCCUCCAGAUGUGGCGAGCGCCUGACGGAGCCCGUCGGUCCCAUCGGUGCAGAGUCUGACCCGUCUCCUUUCUCCUCAGAUUCUCCCAAGUGCGUCCACAACGGGAGGUGGUUCUCGGAGGGCGACGCGUUCCGCAUGGACUCCUGCUGGCUGUGUCAGUGCCGGGGAGGCAUCUCCUUCUGCUCCAAGCCGGAGUGCGCCAAGCUGGACUGUGACAACUUCUACACUCCCGAGGGCGAGUGUUGCCCUGUCUGCAUCGAUGUGGAGCUUCUGUCCGUGGACAGCACCAAGGCCAGCUGCUGGGUGAGCAACAAGCUCCGAGCCCACGAGGAGCAGUGGAAGGAGGACGACUGCACCUUCUGCCAGUGCGUGGACGGGACGCCGCACUGCACCGCCAUGGCCUGCAAGCAGAGCUGCCAGAACCCGGUCAAGAUCCCGGGGGAGUGCUGCCCCUUCUGUGAAGAGCCGUCCUAUGAGACCGUCAGCCCCAUGCUCUGCCGGCCCCUGGAGAACUGCUCCCUGUCAGGGUCCGACUGCCCCUUCGGCUUCCAGCAGGACCGGAGCGGCUGCCUGCUCUGCCGCUGCCUCAACAACGACUCCUGUCCGGACCUGGGCCAGUACUGUUCCCUCCAGUGCCCGACGGGAUACGAGAAGGACGACUUUGGCUGCGAGGUGUGCGAGUGCAGACCCAAGUGCCGAUCUCUGACCUGCACCAAGACCUGCCCCUACGGAUACGUCAGAAACAAGCACGGCUGCGAGAUGUGUCGCUGCGUAAAGUGUCCCCCCUUCACAUGCGACAAGCAGUGCAGCGACGGCUACCAGCACAACAGGAAGGGCUGCUCCGUGUGCAUGUGUAAAGAAAGUCCCUGGAGCAGCGCGGCCCCGACGCCGGCGCCGCCGCCCAGCUACUGCCUCACCGCCGACGGCCGGCGCUACGAGGAGGGCGCCGCCUGGCACGACGGCUGCCGCGACUGCGUGUGCCACUCGGGACGCGAGAUGUGCGCGCUCAUCACCUGCUCUGUGCCCGGCUGCGCCCACCCGCUGCUCAAGCCCCACCAGUGCUGCCCCACGUGCGAGGAUGAGUCCGGCAGCGGGCAGCCGGACGAGGACCCGGUGUGCCGAGCGCCCGGGGGGGAGUUCUACACGGAGGGAGAGACGUGGAACAUGGACGAGUGCACGCGCUGCACCUGCAGGAUGGGCCGGGUCCUGUGCGACUCCGAAGUGUGUCCCCCGACUGUCUGCCACACGCCAGUGAGGAGGAAGGACACCUGCUGCCAUGUUUGCCCAGCUGCGGAGGAGACGCCGAGGAGCCCAGAGCAGAGGACCUGCAUCACCGGCGCCGGGGAGCUGGUUCCGGCCGGAGCCUCGUGGAAGGCCAACGCCUGCACCAGCUGCACCUGCAGCAACGGCACCAUCCGGUGCUUCUCCCAGCGCUGCCCGGCCGCCGGCUGCAGGGUGCCCGUCCUCCGCAAGGGCCAGUGCUGCCCACAGUGCAUGGAAAUCACGACGGCGCCGCCAGUGAACGCGUCGACCGGUGCCCCCAGGACCGCGGCCACCGCCCCGGCGGGCGGCUCCACGUGGCUCACCACCGCCACGGUGCCGCCCAUGGACGCGCUGACAGUGGAGCCGCGGCUGCGCGAGCGCGAGCACGGCUCCGGCCAGGCCGAGAUGGCCCUCAUCUACCAGUCGGCCGCCUGGAUCCUGGCAGGACUCCUCCUCGCCAUCAUCAUCUUCCUCAUCGUGGCGUUACUGGUGAACAGGAGGAAGAAGUGGGUGCAGAUGUCCUGCUACAGCGCACCAAAGAAGACCGUGAUCCUGAAGAAGCACGUGAACAAGAACUCUGUGGUCUACAUGGAGCCGUCCAAGGAGAGCACGUUUCACAAUGUGAAGAGCGACUGCGGCCUCGUCCACUUUUCUCCUGAGAGCAGCUCCUGCGUGGACAAGAUGAGCAUCCCCAGAGCCAAACUGAGCAACGACUGGACGUCGCGCUAGGACUCGGAGCUCCGAGCCGUCCAGCCCCUCCCACUCACUGCUGUAAGAAGGCGAUGUGUGGAGCUGCCCCCCCCCCGCAGGGAAGAGGAUGCAUCGGCUCGGUCCAUCUCCUCCUGUGUGGGUGGGGGAGACGCUGGGAGGUGCAUGGACGGGUGGAGGACAAACUGCUCUGGGCUCUGCUUUAACACGGAGGCGGCGGUGGCCUGAGAGGUUGGACUGUGAACAUUGUAAUGUUAAUACUUCUUGUCUCCUUUUAAACUGGAUCGUUGAGACGAUCAUGAAGCUUUAGGACCGGGUUUGGCCUCAUGGAGCAGCGUGUCAUGGAUGGAAUCAUAAUCAUCAGCCAAAUCCAGUGCACAGGCUUCAAAGCCCUGCUUUACAACAUGGUUUCAGUUUGUGUACAGUGUUAGCACUAGAUUAGUGUCAUUCUCCGCCUUCAACCCACACUCACUGAUGCAGGCCUGGCCAGUUUAAACUGCCUGGUUCUUACCUUGACGUGGUCGGAGUCAUUCCAUUCACAAGUCACACCGCGAACCACAACUCUACCAAACUAAGUACAGUAUGGAGGUCUGCUCCCUGCACCACCUCGUGCUCCGUUAAGGAACCGGUGAUGACGCGAUGCUCGUGGUUUUAUUGCAUGCAGAGGAGAUGAAACGGGCCAGAUGCUUCGUCUGGACCUGUGAGGAAUGUCUUUGAUACCGAUCCUCACUUCAUAUCUUCUCUCAUGGCUCGGUGUGUGUACGGUUGGAGCUUCUGUUCACACCAAAUGUUCGUUAUAGUUGGUCGCCUUAAUUUAAUGGCCAGUGCCUUUCAGUGCUUUUUCUUUUUGACCAGCUGUGGGCCCAUACGUGGAAUCUGAGGCUGUAAUAUAUUCGACCUGAUGGCUCGUCAGUUUGAGUGCAACUGUACAUAAAGGUACACUUCACAGAAUCACUACUCAGCCCACGGCCGGACUGUUGGAGGGAUAAAGGCCCUAAUCAGGGAUUGGACGGACAUUAAGCACACAGAGUGUUAAACCAUUCAAGUGAACAGCGUUGCAGCAGGAGGCUCGGGUCCAAUCUGAUCAUUAAGGGGGAGGAAAUCUGGGAAGUGUUACAAAACAAACCCGGUUUCACAGAAGAAGGGUUUUGGGGAGAGCUAAUUUCUCAGUACAUAAACCAUCGAGAUGCCAAAACUGGUUGGAGACCAGUUAAUGUUAAGGCUUUCUAGGAACUCGGUAGAAUAGUGUCUGUUUGAAUCAUGUGCUUUAAAUGAAGAGGUGACUAUAAAAGCUUAAGCAAUUCUUUGUUGUGUAAAGUCAGUAAAGCGUAGUUUAAAGUAGUAGGAACAAAACCUUAUUUAUUUUUUCACAUAGCUUUAUUUAUUAAUACUAUAGUGUUUUUGUUGGUGGCCAAAGCUGCUGGACAUUGUAGAACAUUUAGCAUUUCUAUCUGCUUUUUUCUGUACAACCUUAUUUAUUUCACUGUUGCAAACCCUGUAAAUAUGUUUUAGAUGUUGAUCUGUAACAUUUACACUUAUUUUGAAAAAUAAAUGUGUGAACUGAA